ACAAGGCCUCAAAUCAGCUAUGCAAUAUUCUGAUUCAACAAGAUUUUUUCUCCGAACCUUACGGACCAGAUACUACUAAAAAUCAGCACUAGACAUAUGCUAUCAUCAGCUUCAGCGGGUACCCUUGCUAGGCCUUGAAAGACUGCAUCAGCAUGCUGGAGAAGUUCUCCCAAGAGAGCGACCAAAUAAGGAGGGCAACCAAGCAUGACUCGCAGCAGUAUUCUUCUGAUAUGAACCUCCUGGGCUCCUUCUUACAGUCCUUGCAGGGGCAAAUGGCAGCCACAUAUCACACGGACAAGAAGCUCUAUGACCAACUUCGCAGCAAGCAGCAGAAGGCGUUGUCCACGGGCUUGAUCCAGAAGCACCAAGCCACCAAGGGGACCAAGACGACCAAGGCAUCAAGCAAAUCCAAGCACCAUGCCCACAGUCUGAAGCAAAAGGUCAAGAUGAGAAAGGCACAUCGUAAGGCCCACGCCGCGGCCCACGCCCAAAAGGCCCUCAGCCAGCACGGCCAGCACGCGAAGCACACGAAGCACACGAAGCACCAACAUGGCCAAUGGAAGGCACCGAGUUUUCUUCAACUCUCAGAGGAUGAGCACGAAGAGCUGUCCAAAGUGGACCUUGACCUGCGAAAGUUGCAGGAGAGUAUCAAGAAGCAGAUCGAUAUGGCAGACCAACAGGCGGAUGCUGCGGACGCAGCCUCGGGAAUGCUGAGCCACCUGGUCCCCGCCACGAGUUUGUUGCAACUGUCGGAAGGUGAUGGGGAGCUGGCAGAUGACUCGGCUCCUGCAUCCCAGGUUGAGGCGCCAACUUCCAGCAGCCUCCUGGAAGAGGAGGCGCCCGGCUUUGCCAGUUUCUUCUGGAAGCCUUGGAAGUUACAAGAUGAGAAACAGACUUUGCAUCACAUUGUUGGCUUCGGGCUCACCAAAGAUGAAAGACAGAUCCAGACUGAGAAGAAGAUCACAGCAGCCUGACCGGGCCAACAGCUUCAUCCCGCGGGUGAGCAGCCCUGUGUUCAACGGAUGAUCUUUCCCGAAGAUAAAUCCUGGCAUUUUGAAUGACUCGC